UUUGUGUGGGUGUGGAAAGAAGAGGACUGGGUCUUUCUUCUUUGGUAAAAGUCAGUCCUCACUAAGCUGCACGUACUGAACGAACAUCAUGCUCUGCUUCUUUCUAUUGGUUUAUUGUUUGUCAAGUGCAACAACUUCAGAGCUGCUGAGCCGUCACAGAAGAGCGUGGAUUAUUGACUCCUUUGAGAUUGAGGAGGGCCAUCGAGGCCCCUUCCCAUAUAAGUUGGGCGAGGUGAAUAUUGACAGGAAAUAUCCAAUAUACUUUGAACUGCAAGGACAAGGGGUGGAUGAGGAGCCGACGGAAGUCAUCUCCAUUGACAAAGAGUUUGGCGUGUUGUACGUCCACAAGGCCGUGGACUAUGAGGAGUGGCAAACACUUGAGCUAAGACUUCAGGCCAGAAAAAUGGACGAAUCAAUUGAAACCAGGUUAGGAAUUCUGAUUUCUGUAAAGGACAUCAAUGACAAUCCACCACGCUUUGAGAGGGAUCUGUAUGAGAUUAACCUUCCUCAGGAAUCAACACAAGGCUCCAAUCUUUUGAAAGUGCAUGCUACUGACAUAGACAAGAGCGAAACACUAAACUCAACCUUCCACUGUGAAAUCAAAUCUGUGUCUCCAAAUGUUAGAGACACUCAAUUCUUCAUUGAUGAGUCUGGAUACAUCUCAUUCAAAGGUUGUUUAAAUUACAAGGUGGCUGAAAAGUUUACAAUAGUGGUGGAGGCCAAAGACCACGGUGAAGUAGUCAAACUGUCCAGUUCAACCAUUGUUGUCAUUCAUGUAGGGAAUGGCAACAACCACCUUCCAGUCAUCAGCGGUCAAACGGGCACUGGUAAAGUGAAGGAGCUUGAGACUGGGGUCUCUCCUCUGAGGCUGCAUGUGACAGACAAAGACACCCCAAACACCUCGGGAUGGAGAGCCAGAUACACCAUACAUGGUGAUGAAGGAGAGAACUUCAAGAUACUAACAGACUUAGAGACUAAUGAUGGGAUCCUGACAGUAGUUGAACCUUUAGACUUUGAGAAUGGGGCGCAGAGGGAGCUGCUGAUCUCAGUGGAAAACGAGGCGCCGUAUUACCCCUGUAAAGUAAAAGAGAGGACGUCCUCAGGCCUCUGGAAAGUUGACACCAUUAAAGGCCAUGAUCCCUCUGGUGCAGCUGAACCUCAGUCUGUAAAAGUCACCAUUGAUGUGGAGGAUGCCAACGACCCUCCUAAAUUCAGCGUGACCCUGAACGAGGUCGCGGUGAUGGAGAACGUACCGGCUGGAACCUGGGUUGAUAAAGUGACGGCUGUGGAUCCUGACUCCAGUCGUGCAAAAGACUUUCUGUACAAGGUAGGAAAUGAUCCUGCUGGCUGGGUGACGGUGGAUCCCCUCACAGGAAUCAUCACAAUGAUAAAGACGCCCGACAGAGAAUCUCCACACGUUGUUAACGGCACCUACACCAUCUUAGUGUAUGCAGUUGACAAAGGUAUACCACCAAUGACAGGAACAGCUACACUACAUAUCCAUGUGUGGGACCAGAAUGACAAUGUGCCACAGCUAACAGUGGACAGCCUGGAUGUGUGUGUGUCUGAUGCCCCCACAACCACCAACAUCGAGGCCUUUGACCCAGAUGAAGAACCUUAUGGAGGGCCUUUCACUUUUGAACUGUUGGGAAAUGUUGAAGGAAAAUGGAGACUGAAUCCUGGUUAUGGUUACACAGCUGGUCUGGUGAAGGAGCCCGGUGUGUACCCUGGUCAACACACAAUUCAUCUAAAGAUCUCCGACAUGCAGGGAGCAUUUAAAGUUUACAACCUCAGUGUGACUGCAUGUGGCUGCACUGUGACACCAAACUGUGGAAUUCGCCAGAAAUCUGAAAUAAACAUUGGCCCUUAUGCUUUAUUCAUGAUCAUUUCUUCACUUUUACUUCUGUUUCUGCUGCUGCUGGCUCUCAGCAUCUCAUCCAAAAGAGAGUUUUUUACUAUGGAGUCUGAAGAUUGUUCAGGAGGAAUCCUCCUCCAAUCAAACACUGAGGCACCAGGAGACAACUGCGAGAUUCCUGCCACUAUUAUCGAAAAACCAGUUUGUAUGGAGCAAUAUAAUCAAUCUAAUUUCCAUAUUCCACUGAAUGGGCGGAGAAAUGGACGACAUUCAGCAAGGGUGACUUUUGGCAGUUUUCACAGCUUAAACUCACAACCUAGGAGCUUCAUCCACUCACCACAUGAGAAUUUAAGAAGAGAAAGCCUGUCCCACCGUUCCAGCUACACUGGGAACCAGUCAAACUGGACCUCUGCCUGUGACAGCAGCAAUCAGUUUGAAGACAUGGGCAAUAUGAGCAUCCUCCAAUCACAAAACUUGAGCUGUGCUACGGAGUCUAAUGACAUGAAGCUUCAUCAGAAGCUAACAUUGUUCCAGGAGAAAAAAGGGGACUCACUGGAUGAUGAGCUUCACAUCUAUGCAGUGGAGGGGAACUCAGACACCACCUCAGAGCUGGAAGCAAUCAGUAUUUCUGAAGAGGGUUCAUUUCAGGACGCACUGGAAGAUCUGGGUCCAAAGUUUCACCAACUGGCUUCUACAUGCAUGACAGCCAAGCACACCACUUUAUGAUCAUUUCUUCACGGUUACAUAGCUGGUCUUGUGAAGGAGCCCAGAGUGCUCCCUGGUCAGCAUGCAAUUCAUCUAAAGAUCUCUGACAUACAUGCAGCAUUUGAUGUUUGCAACCACAGUGUGACUCCGUGUGGCUGCACUGUGACACCAAACUGUUGAAUUCACCAAAACUCUGAAAUAAACAUUGGCCACUAUGCUUUUUAAUGCAUGACAGUUUCUUCACUCUUACUACUUAUAUGGAAGGAAAAUGGCAUUUGCUUCCCCAUAGGAGCAUUGUGAUAAACACUACCACUCAAAAGUUUCGACACACCUUCUCACCUAAUGGUUUUUCUUUAUUUAAUGACUAUUUGCUUUGUAGAUUCUCACUGAAGGCAUCAAAAGUAUGAAUGAACACAUACACAAUUGUGUAGAAAACAAAAAAGUUUGAAAUAACUCAAAACAUAUUUUAAAGAUUUUAGAUUCUUUGAAAUAACCACCCUCAUCCCAAACCAUCUGAUUGAGUUUAGGUCAGGUGACUGUGGAGGCCAGGCCAUUUGGCACAGCACUUCAUCACUCUCCUUCUUGGUCAAAUAGCCUUUACACAACCUGGAGGUGUGUUUGGGGUCAUUAUCCUAUUGAAACAAAAUGAUGAUCCAACUAAACUAAACCGGAUGCCAUGUCGCUACAAGAGCCCACGGUGGGAACCAUGCAUGUGGAUUCUGAAAUGCACCAUUCUACACAAGGAGAGAAAUACUUUUGUCCAUCCAUCCAUCCAUCCAUCCAUCCAUCCAUCCAUCCAUCCAUCCAUCCAUCCAU